ACAUUUAAAUUGGUGUCGUCCAGCCAAAGUGGGGUCAAUCGGGGUCAUACCUGAACAGUCAUUUCUUCCACGUAAGCAGGCCGUGGAUGUCAUCGUUUUCUUCAUUUCUAUCAACAGUUUCCGUCCGAGUUCGGGUGCCAGGAGAGUGGGGACCGAUAUAGGGUCGUGACCUUGCCUAUGGACGAGGUGACAGGAGACAUCGAGAUCCCCGCCGACCAACAGAAACAGGGCCUGGCUGGCAAGAUGAUGACUCUCAGCAGUCCAGCUGCCCGUGAGUGGCUGGAGAAGAGGCGAGGAAACAUCCGACCGUGGGCGGAGUUCAUCGCCACCGCUAAAUUCCGCUCCCCGGCAAACCCGGCCGCGUGGGGCAAGCGGGUGAUGAAAAACGUGGAAUUCUACCAGAGCAACUACCUGUUCGUCUUCCUGGGCCUGGUGGUGUACUGCAUCCUGACCAACCCCCUCCUGCUCAUCGCCCUCGCCGCCUGCCUCGGAGCCUGCUACAUCAUCAAGAUACGCAGUGAUGAGAAGAAACUUGUGCUCAUGGGAAAGGAGCUGAGCGUGGCACAGCAGUACGGUGUGGUGGCGGUCGCGUCGUUCCCGCUGUUCUGGCUGGCGUCGGCGGGCACGGCGGUCUUCUGGGUCAUCGGCGCGUCGUUCUUCCUCAUCAUGCUGCACGCCUCGCUCCACACGGAGGGCGGAGAGGACGAGACAGAACCCAUGCUCGAGGAGAUCGUGUAGCCAUGGCAACAACAUGGUGAUGGUACGGACAUGAUCACAGCAGUGGUUUAAACAAUAGUACUACCUUCCAUAUCUGUCCUUCUUUAUCCAUCUACAUGUAUCUAAACCUAUACUGUAAGAGAUCGUGUAGCCAUGGCAACGCCAUGGUGAUGGUACGGACAUGACCACAGCAGUGUAACUUUUACAUAAUAGCACCUUCCAUAUCUGUCCUUCUUUAUCCAUCUACAUGACAUUGUACAUGUAUCUAAACCCAUGCUCGAGGAGAUCGUGUAGUCAUGGCAACACCAUGGUGAUGGUACGGACAUGAUCACAACAGUGUAACUUUUACACAAAAUUAUAGCACCUUCUAUAUCUGUCCUUCUUUAUUUAUCUACAUGUAUCCAAACCCAUACUGGAGGAAUUGUGUAGCCAUGGCAACCCCAUGGUGAUGGUACGGACAUGAUCACAACAGUGUAAGUUUUUCAGACUAUAUUAUUCCAUAGCUGUUCUUCUUUAUUUCCCUGUAUCUAGACCCAAGAUUGUGUAGUCAUAGUAAUGAGACAGAUUUGGUGACAACAGUCUAAGUUUUACAGAAUAGCACCUUUACUUUUUCAUAGCUGUCCUUUAUUCUUGUAUCUAGGCCCACACUGGAGAUUAUGUAGCCAUGGCAACAGUUGCUAUAGUGACAGACAGCCAGGGACCAUUAUUACAUAUACAAUUCUAAACACAAAAGAGAAUGGAUUGUAUCUUAAUUCAUUAUUUCUGUGUUAUAUAUCUCAUCUCUGUAGGAGACUGAUAUCUAUCUAUGACUUUAUCAGUCGUAAUUGUAUAUGGUAGUUGGUCAGUCAAAAAAAUUGCCUGGCUACCAAGUAUUGCUGUUACAAUUGACAGCUACAUUUGUACAUGACAUUGUGUACCUUAUGGGAAAAUGUUUUGCUUGGACAUUCUGGAACCAUCCCUGUAUUUAUGUACUUAGAACUGUGUGUGCGGGGUGGGGUCAAGGCAUAGUCAGCAAAAUCAUUACUACCAUUUGUCAUGUAGAAAGUACUACAGUGCAUGUAUGUGAGAAUAUUUUCUGUAGUUCUGCACUCUCUUGCCAUUGGUGCCUGUCAACUAUCAUCUGUGCAAUAGACCAAAACAUCUUGGGAAAUUAAAUAAUAUAUGUUUAGUUUUCUACCAUCUAUAAGCUUUAGUGUAAAGAAGACUUGUGUUUGUUGCAGUUUUGUGUUGGAGUAUGGGCCGGGGUGAUAACUUAAAGUCAUUUCAGUUGUGGAAAAUAUAAUAACUUCAUGUGCACCAAAUUGUUGUCAUCAAAUGGCACGUAAACUAUUGAUAAUCAAAAUAGUUUGUAAUAAUCACAAUGCUAGAAAAUAAAUCAUGACUUUGUGCACU